GUAACUGCACUACUGAGACAGAGCCGGCAAUCAAUUUCAUCCUCAACCUCACCUUUCCCUCUUCACCCUCGAGUCCUUACUCUCGCCCGCCAUGUCGAUAGCAGCGUACCGCAGACUUUCUAGAGCCACCAAAUACAAGCGAGUCAUCACCGGCAUGAACGCCCCUCUCGACAGAAAGCUCAGAGGCAUCAAGGCCGGCAUACACGCUUUCCGAUCAACUGUGGCGCGAGAGAAAGCAUCUAUAGAGGCAUCCCGCAAAGCUUCCAUAGUUGAGGCUUCGCGACAGCGCCGAGCGCAGGUGCGAGCUUCCGAAUCGGAGGAUGUGCCCAUGGCACCAAUGGAUGACUAUGACAUGGGUCCGGGAGAUUCUUCUUUCGACUUUGUUGAAGAGAGACUGCAGCAAUCGGCCGACGACGCGUACGCUGAUCGGCAGCACCGGUACAUCCAACAGACACUGUCCUCUGUUCCCAAGGGCAAACGCAAACAGUACUCGGGGUCAAUCCCACCUACCUUCCCAAGCUCUAGCUCUCGCUCAAGCUCCCCAUUGACAUCGAUCCCCUCCACUCAUUCUGCACCGCCCCCGACUACUAAUGUUCAAGAAUUGUCCGAGUCGGAGAGGAGUGCUCCGGCUACGCGACAUGACUCUUCGAGUGUACCACAUGAAGAAGCCAAAGUUGAAGAGAAGAGGCUGUACUCGCAUUCUUGUAAGUCAAGACCCUUGUGGGUGUUUGUGUAAAGACGGGGUCUGGUCUUUUCGCUCAUCUUUUCAUUCAUCAUGACCUAGGCGAAUAAUGCCAUUCGAGAGAUCAUCGGGCCUUAUCUGACGACCCCAUCAUUCCUCCUCUAUCGCCUGAUAGCUCCCGUGACCCUCUAUACCCCCCCCCCCCCUC